AUGUCUGAAGCCAAAUCUGCUGGACUUAAAGGUUCUCCAAAUUUUGAAAAGCUGCUAGAAGAAUCUGCAUUUAGUAAGAAUGUCCCUAGAGGAGGAAGUGAGGAUUCAAGACCGCCGAAAACAACAUGA